AACUCUUGUUUCUUUUCAUUUUACUUAUAUAAUGCUUCAUAUCCAAGAAGCUUUUACUAUUCAUAAUUCUAAUUUAUUAAUGUCUACUACUACUACAGUUAUAGUACAACCUCAACCAAGUACUUCUUCAAGGUCAACUAAAGUAAUAGAGCAAUUGAAUAUAAAAUACGAUACAAUACAGAAAGAACUAGCUUCCAUAAAAGUACAGCUUGAAGUAUCAAGGCAAACAAAAUUACAAUAUGAAAAAGAUAUUUCUACUCAUACAGCAUGCAAUAAACAAUACAGAGCCCGUAUAAAAGAUAUAAUGCAACUUCUUGAAUCAAAACAAAAACUUCUCGAGACUACAAAGAUUCUAUCCAACCAACUCGAACUCAAAGUAAAGCAACUAAAAGAUGAAGCCUUACGCUCUCGACAUCAACUUGAAGGCUUACGACGUCAAGAACAAUCCUUAGAACGUGUUAGAGAUGUAGCUUUUAAACACAAAGACCAGUUACAACAACACAGACGGCAGUUAUAUAUAUCUGUAGAUCAAUUUAAGUUACGUUGUGAGCGAGAAUUAUCAUCAUUCGAAAGUAAUUAUACCACUCUAAUGGAUUAUACGUGCCUCAUUGCUAAAAGAAACAAACAGAUGAUUGACUCUAUUAAUAACAAGUUAAAAUUACGUCAACAAGCAAUUAAGCAGUUAGGUUUAUUAAGACUACAAUUAAAGUCAAAUACAGAAUCAUUUAUGGAUCAUAUUAGAACUAAGCUUGAGGCUAUACAUAUUCAACAAAAUAUAUCGAAAAACAUAUCAACAGAAGCUACUGUUUUACAAUAUCGUGAUGAAUUUCACAGUUUACUUAAAAGAAUUAAGACGGCAAUAGCAGAGGAGUUAGCAGCAGUAGCAACCACUGAAAAAAAGACAAUUUCAAUUCUUUAAUUCAAAAUAAACUCCUUCUUUCUUCUUCUGCUUCUAAAUAAAGAAAGUUUAUAAAUCUCCUAAAAUUGGUAAAAGUAAUACCUGCUGUCUAUAUAAUCAUUCUAUGUCUUCAAUUCCGGGAAUUUUAUUAUGUUUACA